AUGAAAUAUUUUGAGGAACAAGUUCAAGCUGGUGAAUGGGAUGAGGUUGAGAAAUAUCUAUGUGGGUUUACAAAGGUUACAGACAAUCGUUACUCAAUGAAGAUAUUCUUUGAAAUAAGGAAACAAAAGUACCUUGAAGCUCUUGAUAGGAAUGACAGAGCAAAAGCUGUUGAAAUUCUUGUAAAAGAAUUGAAGGUCUUUUCCACUUCUAAUGAAGAGGUCUUCAAAGAGAUCACACAGCUACUAACUCUUGACAAUUUUAGGCAAAAUGAGCAGCUUUCAAAGUAUGGGGACACCAAAUCAGCACGAAGCAUUAUGUUGGUUGAACUGAAAAUCCUUAUAGAAGCAAACCCUUUGUUUAGGGAGAAGCUAACUCUUCCUAUAUUUAAAGCUUCACAACUGCCGACAUUGAUAAAUCAAAGGUUGGAACAAGAAUCUGCUUUUUUCUUCAAUAUGAAAUAUUUUGAGGAACAAGUUGAAGCUGGUGAAUGGGAUGAGGUUGAGAAAUAUCUAUGUGGGUUUACAAAGGUUGAUGACAAUCGUUACUCAAUGAAGAUAGUCUUUGAAAUAAGGAAACAAAAGUACCUCGAAGCUCUUGAUAGGAAUGACAGAGCAAAAGCUGUUGAAAUUCUUUUAAAAGAUUUGAAGGUCUUUUCGACUUUUAAUGAAGAGCUCUACAAAGAGAUGACCCAGCUACUAACUCUUGACAAUUUUAGGCAUAAUGAACAGCUUUUAGAGUAUGGGGACACCAAAUCAGAACGGCGCAUUAUGUUGGUUGAACUGAAAAAGCUUAUAGAAGCAAACCCUUUGCUUAGCGAGAAGCUAACUCUUCCUGUAUUUAAAGCUUCACAACUGCCGACAUUGAUAAAUCAAAGCAGCUAUAGCAGGGCAUAUCCGGCAGUGAUUGCAUCACAUCCAUCGGAUCCAAACCAAUUUGCUCUUGGAAUGAGCGAUGGUUCUGUCCACGUCAUCGAGCCAGCCGAUGCUGAUCCAAAGUGGGGUGGAUCAACGUCUCAGGAUAAUAAUGCGGCUUUACCUUUACCAUUACCAUCUUCUAAUCCUUCAAAUUCUGCUUUGAAUAGUCAACCAUUAGAUAAGCAAGGUACAUAA